AUGGUAUUGGUGAUUGAAUAUAAAUUAUGGAUAAUUAUGAUGAUUUUAAAACAAUUAUCAGCUGUUUCUUAUAAUCAACCAAGAUUGUGUCCAAAUGCAUCAUGGGAAUUAAAUGGAACAAAUUUCAUAACAAGUUAUGUUGCUGGAGCUUAUAGUGGUAUUUUUAUCAAUACCAAUAACACGAUAUAUAUUCCUAAUAAUGUAAGUGGUAGCAUCCAGAUAUGGUCUAAUGAAAGUUCUAAUUCAUUAACGACACUUUCUGCCAAUUUGUCAAAUCCAUAUUCUAUAUUUGUUACAACUAAUGGUGAUAUUUAUGUUGAUAAUGCAUACUCGUAUGGUCGAGUGGAUAAAUGGACAAAUAAUGGAAGUAACAGAUCUACUGCAAUGUUUGUUAAUUCAGCAUGUUACGGUCUGUUUGUUGAUAUUAAUGAUACACUUUACUAUUCAAUAAGUAGUCUUAAUCAAGUUGUCAAAAAAUUGUUGAAUGAUCCUUCAAGUACAUUGACAGUUGCUGCUGGUGGAAAUGGUGCUGGAUCCACGCCAGAUACGCUUCAAAAUCCUAGUGGAAUCUUUGUUGAUGUUAAUUUUGAUUUAUAUGUAGCAGAUUGUGGAAACAAUCGAAUUCAAUUGUUUUUAUUGGGACAAUCAAAUGGAACAACAGUUGCAGGAAAUGGAUUACUCAAUUGUCCUCGUGGAAUUGUUUUAGAUUCUCAUAACCAACUCUAUAUUGUGGAUAGUAGUCAUAAUCGUAUUGUUAGAUCAGGACUCAAUGGUUCUCAAUGUAUAAUUGGAUGUCCUAAUCAACCUGAUGACCAUACAACACAACAAUCGAUGAUGACAACAACAAGUGCAGGAGUAAGCAUUUCAUCAACAAUUAUUAACCAAAAUCUUUUGACAACUGACACAACUGUAUUUGAUCAGAGAGGAACAACCAAUCAAGAAACAACGUCUGGAAUGAGUUCAUUGAUAAGCAUUACUAGUACAACUUCAUUAUCAAAAACAACAUAUGAAACGAGUUCAGUGACAAACCAUUACGAUUUUACUUCAGUUACGUCAUCUGAUCAGUUUACAACAACUCAAUCACUCUCACUAUUACCUUUUUUUGUUGCACCACCAUGCUCGAAUGAAUACAAAAUUGGUAUGAAUUGUAGUAGUUCAAUCGCACCAUGUGAUAUACUCAAUCCAUGUCAAAAUUAUGGUACUUGUUUCAAUGAUAAUGAAACUCUCUAUGGUUAUACUUGCAAUUGUACAUCAGAUUUUAGUGGUAGUGAAUGUGAAAUUAAUACAUGUUGGAAUAAUGGUACAUGUAUUGAACGAGCAGCAACAACAUUUAAUUGUUCAUGUCAAUCUGGAUGGCAAGGUCUUUAUUGUGAAAUAAAGAUAAACUAUUGUGAAAAUGUAACAUGUUUUAAUUCUGGUAUAUGUCGAUCAUUAUUACUCGAUUAUACAUGUGAAUGUCUUAGUGAAAGUUUUACUGGAAGACAUUGUGAAAUAACUCAAAAAACAAUGGUUAUUCAUCAAAUGGUUUCGAAAUCAAUUGGUUAUAUAUCAAUUAUUUUUAUUGUCGGAGUUUGUAUCAAAAUCUCAAUUAAAAAAAACUCAACAAAAAAACGACCAAAAAAAGCAAAACGUCCAUUAAUCAUUCAAAAAUUUGCUUAUGUUAAUGCAUCACCUUUGCAAGCAAAAAUUCAACAAGAAUCAUCACUUAUUAAAAGAACAAAUAUUUAA